AAAGGCUGGAGGAGGCUGGAAGUUGGUUUAUGCGCUGUUAUUCAAAAUAAGAUUAAUUGGAAGUCAAUGGAGCAAGGAGACAAGGUCCCCCAUAUUUUAACAGACAAGGAGCCAUGGAAUGAAGAAAAUGGAGCUGACCAUGAGGUCAGCCUGAAACAACAUGGUAAUUUUUUAGAAACUGUUCUAACGCAGAAGAAUCAGAAGCGGAUGAUCAGGUGUUUCAGAACUGUUGCCCUUAAACACACUGAAGUGUGUACACAAAUUCAAAAUAGUGUAAACCUGUUUGAAAAAGUCUAAAUGUUGUCUAACAUUCAUUGGCGAGAAGCACUUACCCUGCAUGGAUUCCAGAGAUCCAUCAUUUGGACAGAAUGAUUCACUGGCAGCUUUGCCCAUCACAGUGCGUGUAGCAGAAAAUUCCCUUCCAUCCCAGAACGCACCAGCACAGUUGUCUCAGUCUCGAUCUCUUCUGACAGAGCAGUUCCAUCUAAUAGACCAGAAUGGACAGCCCAUCCAAUAUGAAUUACAGACGUUAGGGAAUUCCAAUACACAGAUGAUGAUUGUUGCCAGCCAGUCAGAAAAUGGACAGGUGCUUCAUGUAAUUCCAUCUUCCCGGCCAGGGAUGGCACAAGUGAUGAUUCCUCAGGGACAGCUUUUGGAUGUGACAAAUUCUCAGGGAGAUUUUUCUUCUUGUUGUCAAGGUGUUUCGGAAGAGAAACCCAAAGAUGGGAAUUUUCAGACAGUCACAGUGGCUGCAAUAGCAGACAAUGCAAGUAGUUACAUCCUUCAUCCACAAGCAUCCCUCCCGUUGCCUAAAAAGACAGGAAACAGAAUAGUGGAAGACCCCUUUCCUGUUCCUCUCCAGGCACUUCCUCCCAACACUCCUACAUGGGCCCGGCGUCUCAGGAACUGUGAGAAAAUUGGGGAUUCAUACCGUGGUUUCUGCGUGAGUGAGACGGAGUUAGAAAGUGUGCUCACAGUUCACAAACAGCAAACCCAGAGCGUUUGGGGGACCCGCCAGUCUCCAAGCCCAGCCAAGCCUGCUACACGGUUGAUGUGGAAAUCCCAGUAUGUCCCAUAUGAUGGAAUCCCCUUCGUCAAUGCAGGAAGCAGAGCCAUAGUGAUGGAAUGUCAGUAUGGACCAAGGAGAAAAGGUUUUCAGCCCAAAAGAAGUGGCGAACAGGAAAACGCUUCCCGUCAGCACUACAAAGCUACUUGUCCAGCACGGAUCUACAUUAAGAAGGUCCAGAAGUUUCCAGAAUAUAGAGUUCCCACUGACCCCAAAAUUGAUAAGAAAAUCAUAAGAAUGGAGCAGGAAAAAGCCUUCAAUAUGCUGAAGAAGAACUUGAUAGCUGCUGGAGGGGUUCUCAGGUGGUACGUGCAGUUACCCACCCAGCAAGCUCACCAGUAUCAUGAAUUAGAGACGUCCUGCCUUCCAUCUUCACCCUCCCCAUUCCCCGUGUCUGCCGCUGAAGAAGAGGAAGAGGCUGAUCGAGACGAAAACGGCGUUUUACCUUCCCGCCUACACCCACAAGUGGCAGAUAAGAUCCGAGAAUUGGUGUCUCAGGGAAUAGAGCAAGUCUAUGCUGUGAGGAAACAGCUAAGGAAGUUUGUAGAACGAGAACUGUUCAAACCAGAUGAGGUACCUGAAAGGCAUAAUUUGUCCUUCUUUCCAACUGUGAAUGAUAUAAAAAAUCAUAUCCAUGAGGUGCAGAAGUCAUUGAGAAAUGGAGAGAUGGUGUUCAACUCCGAAACAAUUCCAGCAACGCUUCAGUGGACCACCGAUAGUGGAAAUGUUCUCACAGAGACCGUCACCGUUACAUUGGCAUCACCACCCAGAGAGGGAAGCUCACCAGGGGAAUCAGUUGUCACCAAAGUGGAAGCAAGUCAGACGGGGGAAUCUUUGUCUACAGAGACAGCCCAGUUGCUCUCUUCCCUCUCCUCUCUUCAGCCCAAAAUAUUUGCACAGUUACAGGGUUUACAGUUGCAGCCGACAUUCCCCCCGACCGACGGAGCGACUGCACUGAUCUCAGUAAACAACCACCCCCCGCCCGGUUCUGCGAGUCUUCUGGAUGGCGUGGGGAGUGCCAUAACCACCCGUUCGCUAAUCCUCAGUCAGGGUCAUAACCUCCAUGGCGGAGCAGGAGCUUGUCUGAAUCAGACCAACAGGACUCAGGCCUCCUCUGGCAAUAACCUUCCAGGAGCAGAGCAGAGCCUAGUUGCAAUGGGCCAGCUGGUGACAGUUGGAGGGGUUGAGGACUCAGGAAGCCUCGAGGGAAGCAUUCAUCAGAUUCUGUUGGGGGAUGUGCAGACCAUUCCGAUCCGUAUUGUAGACAGCCAUCCCGCGCUCGAAAAUCCAGAGGGAGCUAUCUGCAUAAGCCGAGUUAAGCAAGAACCCAGCGAACAAGCCCUGUCCCUGGAAACAGAAAAAAUCAUGGACUGCCGAAGUGCCUCCUCCAUUUAAAAUUCAGAAGGCUUUUCAAGGUCUGCAGUUUGGGGACUUUAUCCUGGACGAGAAGGCAGGUGUUCUCAAAAGAGCACCAUUCUUCAAGAUGGCAUGAUGAGUUUUUCACUGUAAGUGACUUUGCAAGGAAAGUCGCUCUGAUUUACAAUGGAUGUGGUGCACUCUCUGUUCCAGUCUCUCACAUCUCCUCCUCUCUUUCCCAAUUCUAGGUCAUUUUGAUAUUUUCAGAUGCCAGUAUUUCAGGAGGUAGUUAGUAUGAAACUCCUUAGCAUGAAAUUCCUUCUCACACUUGCCCUGUGGGAAGCCUCAGCCGAUUUGGAGGCCUCAGAGCCAAUAAAACUUGUCCUUGAGAACAUCAAUAGUAGCACAUUAAUUGUUUCCCACCCCUUUUUGAGAACCAGAAUCUGGGUGUAAAAACACUGAAGAACCCACUCUGAUUAAGUUUCUGAGUAGCAGCGAUUCACUUUAAUGAUGCAAAGAUGAAGGAAUUUAAUGUGAGGGAGAGGAUUGUGUUGCAGGCUGAGAAGAAGAUGAAGGAAAACAUCUAGACUCCAAGUGUGAAAUACAAAGGGUCUUAUGCUUUGAAGAUUACUUUUAAUAUCAUUGAUGAACCAGCUUCUUCGCUUGUUUGGGAAGAUAGAACAACAGUAAUAUUCCAGUUAUUUUCUACAGCUGUGCUUCUGGAAAAGCCGGUCAAAUAGUAGGAUGUUGAUAGAUUGAUACCUCUAGUGUUAUGCUACAUAUGUAGAAUAUUCUAUUUUUAAAUAACUUGGGUUAUUCAUAGGGAUAGUAGAAAUAUACGUAGCAUAUGUAGGCAGAAUACGAUCCUGAAGGAAUGGGGAGAGAGGAGACAGACAGGGAGAAAAACAGAGCGAGUCAGGAGGAAAAAAAGGAUAGUUUCCCGAUAUUUACAUGUCUAUCUGUAGGGCUUUUUGAAUAGCCGCUAAAGGAUUCUUUGAAUUUCACUGAAGAUUUAUCGAUGACGGUCACGGAGUCUGACGUACCUUUUCCUGUGCCAAAGUUCUUAACAAAUUGCUGAUGGUUUAAGAAUAUAAUAGUUAUACCUAAAACUUUAGCGCUUAAAGCAGCAAAGUAAACCGAGUAGCUGGUAUCAAACAUUGAGCACUUUAACAUGUUGAACGCAUCAGCGAUUCUUAGGAGAGGCAGUGGGAUGCAGAGAAGAGUGCCGUUCUGGAAGCCAGCAGACCUGGGUUCUAGUCCAAGCUCUCCUACCUGCUUGUUGUGUGUUGUUGGGCAAGUCACUUAAUCUGUCUUUACCUCAAAUGUCCUCGUCUGCAACGUGGGGAUAAUAAUACCUCCUUUCUACCUACCUCACAGGGCUGUUGUGAGGGUAAACUGGAGCUAAGUUAUGUGAGAGUGCUUUGGGAAUAAGUGCUCCGAAAAAAAACUAAGGUGGUGUUAUUGACAUUCUUAAUUUAAGCCUCUAUUUUCAGCCAUUGGCAACUCAGCCAUAUAAGAUCUCAGCCUAUUUUUUCUUUAAAAACACUUUUUACUAUUUUUUUUGUUUUGUUUUGUUUUUCCCACAGCAGUACAGAUGAGGAUUCAUCAGUGUUAGGUCCUUGUAUGUGUUCAGAAUCCGAAAUUGAAAGUGGUGUCUAGUGUUAAUAUUCAAAUGCAACAUGUCCAAGGCAAAAUGAUGCUUAAGGGUUAUAUUCUGACAUCAUUCUGAAUCACUUUUUAUAUAUUUCAAACUAGGCUCCUAGCCAUAACCCAUAUCCGUUGUUUGCAGUAGUCUUGGGGAGUCUCAAAAUGCGGGGAGUUCUUACAUUCCCAACAGACAAAGUGUGGAGCCUCGUUGUUGAUUCUAAACGUCUGUGCUCCUGUAGAUUUUAGUCUCCCCCCUCAAACAUUACUGAAAAUGUGAAGAUGGUGCAUUAGACUUUUCAGUAAGGAUCAAUUCUCCUUUCCUGGGAAGUUUUUCAGUAUUUCGUGUGGGCAUUUGUAGAUGUACCAGUUCUGCUUUAUUGAAUUCUGUUACCCAAAACUCAAAUCUUGUGUUGGGAUUUGAUACACGUUUCUUUUGGCAGAUUCAAUGAUAAACUCUCUUAAACUAAGAGUAGGGACAUUUUAUCUAGCUCCUUCCCACUUUAUUUGGAGCUUUGAUGUAUCCUGAGUGCAGGUCUACCCUCCCCUUUCCCAUGUCCUUGAUAGGAAAACAGACAUUUUUGCCCAAUGUGUCAUUCAAAGUGCUCUAUCUAUCCCUCCUUCCUAAGAUUUGAGCUAGCCCUGUAAGUCUCCAGUGGAGCGAUCAGGGUUGCUGCAGAGUGUCCACACUGAUAUGAAUUUGUUAAAAUUGUGCACUCACCGUAAUCACAGACGCUGAAAAUAACUGCUGUUAUUCUCUUCCACUUAUUAAUUGAUUAGAAAACGCCGGGCAAGGCAGGAAAGCCAAAGAGAACGAGUGGAAGGCCCCGCCUUCAAAGUUCAACAGAACCCCAAAUCCAAACUUUCACUUCUUGAAUUGGCAGUGACCCCAAUACUAUUAUUGUUGAAGAGUAAGUCUGGCCGUAUCCCAAUCCAAACUUUUCCCCAACCCUAACUCUCCUGGCCAUAUUGGGGAGUAGUUAGUGGACUAGAUUUAGGCCUGCCCCAACCUUGAUAGCAGGGCUGCAGAGAUCGUGCAGUUACUCUGGGUCGUAAGUGCAGCUAAAGGAAAGUGAGUAGGUGGAGGGUAAAAGUCCAGUGGCUUCAUCAGGGAUCAGAAGAGCAAGGGGCCUGAAUUUAAACUGCCUUCUCCUCUGAGAGUGGGUGGUGCAGAUCCCACAUCCUGGAGUCACUGUUCCCCUUACUCUUCUCUUUGUCAAUACUAUUUCUAUUCCUGUCCCGGCACCCAUCCUACUCAUAGUCACCUUCUCACUCACCCUUCUUUCUUCAGACCUAGCCAGUGACUGGGGUGAUGGAUUUUUAAACUGCUAGGUCAGUCCUCGGUAGGUCAGCACUUGAGAUGUGGCCUCGUCUUGCGGCGCGGCACACCGUUACUUUACGCCGAAGAGAUCUGUCAGGAGGUCGAGAGCUUUAUUCGUUAUCAUGGAGCGUUAUAUAAAUAUUCCCUUCAGCCCUUUUGACUGAGCAGUAUCUUUCCUCACACUCUUCUCUCCUGAAGGAUAGAAAGUUACAGAAUACCUUCAAAGGGAACCUGAAGAAGGAAGCUUUAAAUCUUUCGUUGAACACUCCGUUUCCUCUUUUGGGUUUCUAGUCAAAAUGGAAAUCCCAACAUUUUGAUGUCACUCCUUCUUUGGCCGUUUUUCACAGUAGAGUGCCUUGCAAGUGAAUGUCUAUUUCUAAGGCCUCUUCAUUCUCUGUCAGUAGGGCACCUGCCCCAAAUUAUCUCAGGAUCGUCUUCAGGACGGCCUGGAUCUCUGGUAGAAAGCUGUUUUCCUGUUUGGUCAAAACAUUGCCACCACCCGCGAUGACCUGGGAGAAAGGGACAAAAGAUUUCAGUCCCCGAAUGGUCCACUGUAUUAGCCGUUCGACAGCCGACGUCUACAGUUGCUCUUUGGAGCCGUGGUUUCUCAUUUGGGCGGACUGCCAAAGGGUAAUAACGAUCUACACAUUGGAAAGAAGCCGACAGAGGCAUCCUUUCCGAACCGUUGCUUUAUUUUUAUUUUCGCUUUCCUGUGCCAACUAUUCAGGUCCACAGUAGGCAACUAAAGAUGGCAAGCCAGUGGCCAGCCUUUCUCUCAGUGGCAGUGUCUUCUGAAGGCAGUUCAGGCCUCUGAGAGCGGGUGAAUGCAUGCGAAAGCUGGUGACUAAAACACAGAGAAGUGAUGUAGAACACAUGGGUCUUUGGUUCCGGUGCUGCUUCUAAUAAUGACGCUGACCAAGCCCACGUGUCAUCUGUUUUUUGUACAUGCUGUAAAGAAAGCACACUUCAUCGUGUGGAUAGGAAGAUUGUGUUUCAAACUGUACAAAAAUGUAUAUUUACUGUAACUUAAUGUACAGUGUUCUCGUUAUGUUCUAAUGUACACGUUUUUUAAAGAAACAGCCUGUUAUUUUUUUAAAGCAUGUUCAGUUUCAUUUUUAUUUUCCCUUGAGGUUGAGGUGGUGGUGGUUUAUUUUGAUAAUGUAAAAUAAACACCUGGUUCCCUGAGGCCUUUGAGCAAUCA